UAUCAGUGACCAGCAGAGGGCAGCAGCGCAGGCUGUAAGAAAAGUGAGCAAGACAAAACCCGGAAGUGAGCAGAGCUACUGAUCCGCAACAUCAAGUAAGACAAGUCUAGUCGCUACACCUUGACAAAAGGUGUUCAAGCUGUCCUUCCAAUAUGGCCGAUGUGUGGCAGAGCGCCAUGGACCACGCUGUAGCUGUGGCUAGAAAAGCUGGACAGGUGGUGCGGGAAGCUGUGCAAAGCGUUCAUAAGAAAGCGGUGAUGGUGAAAAGUUCGUCAGUCGAUCUGGUGACCGAGACUGACCAGAAGGUGGAGAAGCUCAUCAUCCAGUCUGUGAAGGAGAAGUUCCCAAAACACAGCUUCAUAGGGGAGGAGUCUGUUGCCGCAGGAGAAGUUUGCACCCUGACUGACAAUCCCACCUGGAUCAUUGACCCCAUUGAUGGCACCACCAACUUUGUUCACACCUAUCCUUAUGUUGGCGUGUCCAUCGGAUUCUCCGUCAACAAACAGGUGGAGUUCGGUGUGGUAUACAGUUGUCUCCAAGAUCAAAUGUUCACUGCACGGCGAGGGAAGGGCGCCUUCUGUAACGGAGAACCUCUACAAGUUUCUAAUCAGCAAGACAUCCACCAGGCUCUCAUCGCUGCAGAGUUUGGGUCCAACAGAGACGUGCAAACCGUGGAAAAGAUCUUCUCCAGCCUUAAGAAAGUUGUCAGCAUCCCUGUCCACGGGGUGCGUGGCGCAGGAAGUGCAGCCAUCAACAUGUGCCUGGUGGCGUCCGGCUGCGUGGAGGCUUACUACGAGAUCGGCAUGCACGUGUGGGAUAUCGCAGCGGGCUCGCUCAUCGUCUCUGAGGCCGGCGGCGUCGUCAUGGACGUGGAGGGAGGCCCGCUGGACUUGAUGUCCCGCCGAGUUUUGGCAGCCAACAAUCAGAAAGUCGCCGAGCGACUCGUCAAAGAAAUCGAUGCAUUCUGUCCGAUUAGAGACGACGCGCCGCUCGCAGAGUGAAGAUUUGUAGUCACAUGACCUGUGUCAAGCAAACUACCAAAACAUCCCGAAAUAUUCACUGGGAGACUUCAAAUGAGCAGCAAGUAAGACUUUGCUACUUCCAUUUUACGAGCACAUUUCACAUUAAAAGACUUCAUCCACUGACUUUGAUCUUUCCAUCCACGUAAAC